AUAUAUAAUAUGUCAUCUUUAUCUAAUUCAUCGUCGACGACGACGACUAUGACUAUGACAACGUUUGUGGACGAGGCAGAUGAUAACUAUAACUAUGAAGGUGAUGCCGAUGGACUCAUCCCAUUAAAGGAUCACGAUGAAGAACAAGAAGACAUAAUGGAUAACAUAUCAGAGAAUAGUGAUAAUGAUGGUGGAGGUGGACAUGGAGAAGGCGGUGGAGGUGGAGGUGGCGGUAUAGGUUUGGAAGAGAUAGAUAUAAGAGAUGUAAACUCUACUAGUGAUGAUGGAUUUAACAAGCCAUCAACACCAUUGCCUAAACUAAAGAUAUUCUCCAUCUUCAUCGUCAUCCUCUGUGAUGCCAUCAACGCACAAUCAAUCUACCCAUACGUUAACUUCUUGGUGGAAGACUUCCACCUAACAUCAAAUGACAAGACACUCGGAUAUUACGUUGGAUUCUUGGCGUCAUCAUAUUACUCAUCACAGUUGUUCUCAUCAUUCUUCUGGGGAUGGUUCUCAAAUUAUAAAGGUAGGAGACCUUCCGUCAUUUGUGGCCUGCUCGGAUCUAUGAUGUGUAUGUUCUUCUUUGGCUUCUCACGUAGUUAUGGAAUGGCAAUCACCUUCAGAUUCCUAGCAGGAUUGUUGAAUGGUAAUAUUGCCGUUGCCAAGACAAUGUUGGGAGAGAUAACCGAUUCAUCCAACCAGGCGCGAGCAUUCUCAUUCAUUGGACUAUCAUGGAGUAUUGGUGGAAUAUGUGCGCCACUAAUCGGUGGCAUGGCGUCCAAUGUGUGCAAGCAGUAUCCAACACAUAUUAGCUCGCCAUCCAACCUGCUGUGCAAGUUCCCCUACCUGUUGCCAAACCUCAUAUGUAUCUUCUUCUCGAUCAUUGGCUUCCUCCUCACAUUCUUCUAUUUGAGCGAGUCCAAGACAUUCACGCUAAAGUCUGCCGCGCCAGGCAAGCGACCUACCACCCCCAAGACAUUGAUCAUGUCACUGCUCCAGAAGAUCAAGAACCUCAGCUCACAGACCAAGCGCAGGUUCCAAUUGCUCGCAACAUCUGUCAACAGAGGUGGAGACAGCAACAACAAUGUCGAAACAGACUACAAUGGCGGUGGACAAGAAGGCGAGUCCGAUGCAACAGGUAUAGUGUUGGUAUCAAUGAAGACGAUUGAUGUUGUCGCCGACGACAAUGUUGAUCUGGUCUCCAAUCAGAUUGUGAUCGAGCAGGAUGAGGUGGAUGCUGAUAAUGGUGACGACGCCAACAGUGAUCAACCUCGCUCGGUCAAACAGUUGCUAAAGGACAGGGAGGUGAUGAUGUCCUGUAUAUUCUACGCGGUCAUUGGCUUCCACUUCACCAUUUUUGAAGAAGGCUUUGGUGUAUGGAGUCCAAUCACGCGAACAAUCGAUCCAAUCACAGGCUUGCCCACCGGUGGCGGCUAUGGAUUCACUUCUCGAGACAUCGGAAUACUCCAGAGCACGGCUGGCAUCUUUGCGCUGUUCAUCCAGUCGUUUGUGUUCCCGCCAUUGGUCAAUCGCAUCGGUCUGGUCAAGUCAUAUCGCCUGGCAUUCUUCAUGGUGUUGCCCGCCUGGAUCUUCCUUCCCGAGCUGUCACGAUUCACUAUCACUCAGCCUGGCCAGCCGGUGCCACAUCCUCCUCUAUUCUGGGUGCUACUAUUCCCCGUGUACCUAUGCCAAUCGUUUGGUAGCGAGUUUGGCUACAUCUCAAUCAUUGUAAUGAUAAGCAACUCUGCGCUGCCCAAGGACAUGGCCAUCGUCAACUCGAUAGGCAUGUUCUUGGUGUCGAUCUCGCGAACAGUCGGUCCCAUCAUUGGCUCAUCUUUGAUGGCGCUGACGGUCAGUCACAACAUGCCCUACCCAUUCGACUAUCACUUCUUCUUUGUGAUGCUCACAUUGUUUGCCGUGGUGCUCAUCGUCUCUUCCUUCUUCCUGUCGCCAUCACUCAAUCAUCCCAAGAUGCCACCACGCAACGCCAACAACAAGAUCAAGACAGAGCAACAAUCACAAGUAGUC